CAAGCCACCGAAAGCUUGGCCGUCUCCAAAAACUGCGCAACGAGAGAGAAGCGAAGGAAGAGCGGAGGAUGGGAGCCGAUCAGAGAUCUACGACUGAGUCAGCGGUUCCGUGGUGGAGGAACGAGGAGGAGGAGAAGGUGGUAGAGGACGAAGCCGGAUGGAAGUGCUGGAAACACCCGCUGCAGCCCCACUACGGCGUCUGCCCCGCUUGCCUCCGCGAUCGCCUCCUCCGUCUCUGCCCCGAUUGCGCCAGCGUCCGACCCUGCGGCUGCUUCCCCUCCCCCUCCUCCUCGGCCUCAUCCUCCUCUCCCUCCUCCGCCGAGCUGGCCGGACCCGGCGGGGUGGGCCGCGGCACGGGUGUGGGAGCGGUGGGACCCAUGUCGCGGCUCAUCGACAGCGAGCCAUCGUUCCGGAGGUCCCAGUCGGUGGGGUUUCCGCUACACCGGUCGACGUCGGUGUCGGCACCCCCCGUGGACGACGUAGCGGCGGCGCCGAGAUCGCGGGGUAGCGGCAAAGGGUGGGCGCCGUUCUUGCUAUUCUCGAAGGCGGCGAGGAAAAAGGAUUCGGCGGGGUCGGAGCUGUACAGGUCGAGGUCGGUCGCAGCGGGCCGAGCCCAGGCCGCAGGCUGCGGCGACGAGGAGGAGGGAAAGGGGAAGGGAGGGCGGCGGUGGUACUUUCCGAGCCCGAUGAAGGUUCUCCGGCACUGGAAGUCGGCGACGAAGGUGGUGCAGGUACGGUCGCCGCUGUGGCGCGGGUGAGAAUCUGCGCACGCGACAAAAAAGAAAGAUGUCCGGAGGGGGAGAUCGUGCACCUGCAUUAGCGUGGAUGUAUUAGCAUUAGCAUUGGUAUUGUUAUUAUUACACUCGUCGACGCUGCUGCAAUAGAUUUUAUGCCUUGGAAACCAACCUCGCAAGUGGAGGUGAUUAAGAUCGA